AUGCACCUCCGCGGCGCCAGCGCGGUCCUGUGUCUAGCGCUCUUCGGCAGCGCGUUGGCCAGAGACCCUCACUUAGUCUCAGUAUCUACCCCCGCGCCAGGCGUCUCGCCCGUCUGGGACCUCCCGCUCGGCCCGGUCCUCAUGGACGUGCACAACACCGACAAGUACGCCCUCAACGGCUCUCUCGCCGACGCACAGUGGGCCGCGCUGACUGGCAGCCCCGACAACGACGUUAUCCACCUCGGGGAGAAGGAAUACAUGCUCUCGAUGACGCACCAGCUGCGCUGCCUCGACAUCAUCCGGCGGGACUACGUUGCUGGCUGGCAGGGCCGGCGGACGACACAUGUGGCGGCGCAGACGCAGCACUGUCUGAACUAUAUCCGCCAGAUGGUGCUGUGUCGCGGGGAUAGAAGGUUGGAGGAGGUGGUGGACCCGUUUGGCGAGCAUGCGGUGGAGGUGCGCGGGUCGAGGACGUGUAGAGAUUGGACGGCGGUGUUUGAAAGUAUCAAGACGGUCCAAGAACAUCGAUCGUAG